AUGACGACGAAAGACUUCGACAUGGACCCCAAAGCCGAGCACGAUGAGAAUGAGUUGGCUGCUGACGUGGAGCGUCAGCGCCAUCUCACAAAGACCCUGUUGUUCAAGGUCGACACCAGGGUCCUACCUCUGCUCGCACUCCUCUUUCUCUGUUCAUUCCUCGACCGAACCAACGUCGGCAAUGCAAAGAUCAUUGGCCUGGAGGAGGAUCUUGGCAUCGACAACAGCCAAUACAACCAGGGCUUGGCCGUUUUCUAUGCAACAUACAUCGCCAGCGAGUUGCCAAGCAACCUCGUCCUGAAAAAGGUCUCACCCAGAAUCUGGCUCCCGUUCCUCACUUGCGCGUGGGGCAUCGUUACCAUGUGCCUCGGCUUUGUCCGCAGCUACGGCAGCUUCGUCGCCGUUCGUGCGAUCCUUGGCAUGUGCGAGGGUGGACUGCUGCCGGGCAUGGUGCUCUACCUCUCUGGGCUCUAUACCCGCGGAGAGCUGGCGCUCCGGAUCGGCAUCUUUUACACGGCUGCAUCCCUCUCCGGUGCGUUUGGAGGCCUUCUUGCGAGAGGUUUGUCGGCCAUUGGCCCCAAGGGUGGCCUUGAGGGAUGGAGAUGGAUCUUCAUCAUUGAGGGUCUCAUCACCGUCGUUUGCGGAAUUAUUGCCGCUAUUGGUUUGCCCAACAACUUGGCGACCGCCAAGAUACUGACCCCCGAAGAGCGCGAGUGGGCGUCGCUCAGACUCCAAACCAAUAUCGAGGGUCGAUUCAAUUCUGCUAGUGAAAGAGAGGAGAGAUUCCGCUGGUCAGAAGUCGGGCGCGGCGUUCUCAACGUUCAAGUAUGGCUCAGUGCGACCGCGUAUUUUGCGAUUCUGUCUGGCCUGUACUCUUUUGGUCUUUUCCUCCCAACUAUCAUCAACGACAUGCACAUCGCAUCCAACUCCAACCAGGUCCAGCUGUGGUCCGUUGUCCCAUAUGCCGUCGCAACCCCUGUCACAGUUCUCGUGGCCUUCCUGUCGGAUCGUCUUCGCCUUCGCGGUCUCCUCAUGCUUUGCGUUCUUCCCAUCUCCAUAAUUGGUUACGCUGUCAUCGCCAACGUCACAGCGCCGCAAACGAGGUUCGCCAUGACUUGCCUCAUGGCCAUCGGCAUGUACAGCGCUGUUCCUUGCGUCUUGGUCUGGAACUCCAACAACUCGGCCGGCCACUACAAGCGAGCUACGACCUCUGCGCUGCAGCUUGCCAUCGCCAACUGCGGAGGGUUCGUCGCGACCUUUAUCUAUCCCAGCAAUGAAGGCCCAUUUUACCACAAGGGCCACACUGUCAUCUUGGGUUUGCUGUGUUAUGCAUGGGUAGCAACUCUUCUGAAUGUCCUCUGGUGCGCCAAGAUCAACCGUGACAAGGCGGCAGGGAAGUACGAUGAGUAUGAGGGUACGGGCGAUGAUCGAGAGCCCGGUUUCAAGAUGGUAUUGUAA